AUGGAGUUGGAGCAACUGCAGGAUAAGUUAAGUGAGACCCUUGUGCAGUUGAAAAUGGACCAGCUCCAGGAGGUGUGUUUGUAUGCGAAAGUCCCAACUGAAAAUCAGACCAAAAAACACACGCUGAUCCGUUUAAUAAGUGAAGUUGCUGAUAUUGCUAUUGAAACGGAAGAAGAGGAUGUGGCUUGUGAAUUCCUCAACAGACUGAUAGCAAACGCAAAAGCAAUGCAAAAAAAUGAGUCGAUGGUGGUUGAUGAGACGGCUGAAAGAGAUGUUGCUGCCCUUGAAAGCCUGCAAAAACAAUAUGCAGCAUUACAGCUAAGUUUUCAAGCUUCCACUAAGAAAUUAGAAGAAGAAAUGGCAAGGUUGGAAAAGAAGGUGAAAAUUCAGGGACCAUAUCAGCUUCCAGCACAAUUUGCAAAUCCCUUUGCAGCUAACACCCCUGAAGUCACUAUAAGAAGAGAGUUCAAAAUUAAUGGCCAAAUUGGAGAAAGGGGCCAGAGAGAUAAACUUUCCUAUUCAAAUCUGAUGCACCAGAUUGAUAUGGGACUUAAAAGAAACUACAGUGAAGAGGAGAUCAUUGAAGCCGUGGUUAGAUCUAUCAGUCCAGGCUUACCUCUUCGUGAUAUGCUAGAAAUUAAAGCAGAUCUCUCCAUUGCUCACUUGCACACUAUUCUAAGAGGCCAUUACAAAGAAGAUAGCUCCACUGAUCUGUACCAUCGCCUAAUAAACAUUACACAAGAUAGUAGUGAGUCUCCACAAAACUUCCUGUUCCGGGCAAUAGAGUUAAAAGAAAGACUUCUUGCUGCAUCCAGAGAGCCUGGCUCAGAAGAGGACUAUGGCCCAGAACUGAUUCAGAGGAAGUUUCUGAGAGCAGUGGGAACAGGGCUCAUAAGUGAUAAUGUGAAACACCAGCUCAAGAACUUUCUUGAUGAUCCCACAGUAACGGAUAAUGUGCUAAUAGCCAAGACAAAUGAGGCUGCUAGCAUGGAAUGGGAAAGGCAACAGAAGUUCAGGAGGAGCAGCAAAGACCUGAAAGUCAGGGAAGUACGAGCAGAAACACAUCCAGUCCCAAAGACAACAGUUGGAGCUAUUUGGGAACAAGAACAGCCUUCUUCCACUGGGAUGAAAACUAAAGCAAUGAAAACACAGUCAUCUGCCUCUCACACAGAAACUGAGCUUCUGCAGGUUAUCAGAGAACUUAAGGGAAGAAACCAGCUCCUAAAUCUGAUUGGAAAGAAGUGUACCAUUACCUGCCUGCUGGAUGGGGUGGAGACCAAGGCUCUGUGGGAUACUGGAUCACAAGUAUGUCUUAUGAGUGAAAAAUGGAGAAAAAAAAAUAUUCCCCAUGUUGCUAUCAAAAGCCUCGCUGAAAUUAUUGGGCCUAGAAUAUUAGAUGGGAGGGCAGUGAACAAGACACCAAUUCCUUUUAAUGGGUGGGUUGAGGUCAAGUUCAAAUUGCCAUCUGCUAGUCACACACAUCUUGAGCUCUUGGUGCCAGUUCUGAUUGCUGAAGAGGAUGGGGUGGGUGAAGAACCGAUCAUUGGGUUUAAUGUAAUAGAACACCUGUUAAACAUUGGUGUAGACCCGCCACCCCUUAUCACAGAGGCUGUCAGUGCAGCAUUCUCCAUUGAAUGUAAAAAAGCAGAAGUACUUCUGAAAGUAAUGGGAAAUGCCAAUGCUUUACAGAACACAGGCACGGUGAAAGCAAGUAGGGAGAACAUCAUUCCAGCUGGCCAGACAAAGAUGGUAAAAUGUGGUGCACGAGCAGGCCCACUCGCAGAUCAGCAGGGAGUCCUGUUUGAACCCCUGUUACCAUCACAACUCCCAGAGGGGUUAAGAGUCAAAGAAGGAAUAGUGUGUCUUCAGCAGGGUCCCUGGUCCCGUCUCAAAAUCCCAGUCAACAAUGAUACUGCCCAUGACAUUGUUUUACCCUCUAAAAGCAUAAUAGGGCAAGUCCAAUUAGUUAAGACCAUGUAUGCCGCACAGACAGAGUCAGCCCAAAUACCACAAAAAGACAUGCCCACUCCCAGUUGUGAACCUGGGAAUCCAACAGAAUCAGAAAGGACGGGAAAGGGAGAGGAGACCCAAGGGGGAGUUGAAAAUGAUGGUAGCUGGGAUCCACCCGUUCCCAUUAGUCACCUGUCCCCAGCACAACAACAACUGGUGAAACGACUGCUAAGAGAGGAGUGUGCAGCGUUCUCCCGGGAUGAUUAUGAUGUUGGAACGAUCCCGUCACUGGAGCUCAAAAUCAGACUACAGGAUCCAACACCUGUCACAAGGACAUAUGUAUCGGUCCCCAGACCUCUCCACAAUGAGGUGAAAGAAUAUCUGGAAGACUUGUUAAACAGAGGUUGGAUAACAAAGUCCAAAUCCAACUAUUCAAGCCCUAUAGUCUGUGUACGUAAAAGGGACGGUAGCCUCAGACUGUGCUGUGAUUACAGAGAGUUAAAUAAGAAGUCUCUUCCCGACCGUCAUCCUAUUCCCCGCAUUCAAGACAUACUGAACAGCCUGAUGGGAAGUUCCUGGUUUUCUGUUCUGGACCAGGGAAAAGCCUAUCACCAAGGGUUUCUGGAAGAAUCAAGCCGUCCACUCACUGCAUUUAUUACGCCCUGGGGUCUCUAUGAAUGGGUCAGAAUACCUUUUGGAUUAUCAUCAGCACCAGCAGAGUUCCAGAGAGCCAUGGAAGAGUGUCUGGCAGGACUGCGGGAUGAGGUAUGUUUGCCUUACCUGGAUGACAAUUUAGUGCACUCCAAAACAUUUGAAGACCACUUAAAGCAUCUGAGAAAGGUAUUGCAGUGUUACCAGAAAACAGGAGUCAAGCUGACCCCAGGAAAAUGUGACAUUUUUAAGAAUCAAGUAAGAUUCCUUGGAAAACUGGUAACAAAAGAUGGUUACACGAUGGAUCCUGCAGACACUUAUCCGGUGCAGGCUUUGAGACAGAGAAAUCCCUCCACGGUGGGAGAGCUAAGAAAAUUAAUGGGAUUUGUUUCCUACUAUCGCAGUUACAUACCAAACUUCUCCCGCAUUGCUAAGCCCCUUUACGAUCUUCUCUCGGGAGGCCCUGAGGAAGGAGAGAAAUACAAAAAGAAAAAAACAGGAGGAUUGAAACAAAAUAAGAAGAGUGGAGGACAGUUAUCCUCAUCUCAACCAAUCAAUUGGUCAGCAAAACAUCAGGAGGUGCUCUGCCAGUUAUUGGAUUUUCUGUUAAAACCACCGAUAUUGGGAUAUCCAGAUUUCGAACAGCCCUUUAUCCUACACUGUGAUGCUUCACAGGAGGGACUUGGUGCUGUACUUUACCAGAGGCAGCAGGACACAUUGGCUGUGAUAGCAUAUGGAUCCAGGACACUGACUGCCCCAGAGAAAAACUACCACCUUCAUUCGGGGAAACUGGAAUUCCUGGCCUUGAAAUGGGCCAUAUGUGAGAGGUUUAGGGAUUACCUCUAUUAUGCCCCCCCAUUUACAGUUUACACAGACAACAACCCUCUUACAUAUGUGCUUUCCACUGCUAAACUGAAUGCUACCACUCAUCGAUGGGUCGCUGAACUAGCUGAUUUCCAGUUCUCUAUAAAGUACCGACCCGGCAAAGUAAAUGGAGAUGCAGAUGGUCUUUCUCGAAUGUCGCUCAGUAUGGAGGAGUACAUGCAGACCUGCACACAGACGUUGCAACCCGAGGUGAUGAACAGUGUUAUCCAGGCAGUUGCUGCUCAGUGCCAGGAUUCUGCACCCUGGCUUUUCCCAGCAGUGAUUAACCAACUGAUUACAGAAGAAGAUAAGGCAGUGGCGACAUCAGUAAGUCAGAUCAGUAAAGAAGCGUUUAGACAGGCACAACAAGAUGAUCCGGUGAUUGGUGAGGUAUUGCAAUGGGUAACUACAAAGGAAAUGCCAAAAAGUUGGAGACACAAGGGUAGUGGGGGGAUAACCGCUCUGAUGAGACAAAAACACAGACUGUAUGUGGAUAAGGAUGGACUACUUCAUCGCAAGACAGCCAACUGUUCACAGCUUCUCCUCCCAAAGAAAUAUCAUCCACUUAUUUUUAAGGAACUCCAUGAGGAGAUGGGUCAUCUUGGAGUCGAGAGAGUGUUAAACCUGAUCAGGAACCGUUUCUAUUGGCCUCAUAUGCAGGGUGAUGUUGAACACUAUGUCAACCGUGUCUGCAGUUGUUUGAAAAGGAAGCGGCCUAACAAACCACCUCGAGCUCCCCUCACCAACAUCAUCACUACAUACCCUUUCGAGUUAGUCUCCAUUGACUUCUUACAUUUAGAGAAAUGCAGUGGAGGGUAUGAGUACAUCCUGGUGGUGAUGGACCAUUUCACCAGGUUCGCCCAGGCUUACCCCUGCAGAAACAAAGCUGCCAAAACAGCAGCAGAAAAGAUAUUUGGGGAUUUUGUGUUGAGGUUUGGUUUCCCCACAAGGCUUCAUCAUGAUCAGGGGAGGGAGUUUGAAAAUAAGCUAUUUUCAACACUGGAGAAGUACAGCGGGGUCAGGGGGUCACGGACAACACCGUACCACCCUCAGGGAAAUGGCCAGGUGGAGAGGUUCAAUAGGACACUGCUGGCUAUGCUGAGAAAUCUGCCAGAGAUUGAAAAAGCAGAUUGGAAAUCUUCUCUAGCAAAAGUGGUCCACGCAUACAACUGCACCCGUAGUGAAGCCACUGGGUAUGCUCCCUAUUUCCUCUUGUUUGGUCGCCAACCCAGACUCCCUAUUGACCUCAUGUUCGGCCUCAGCGCGGGGGACCAGAGCUCAUCCCACCAAGAUUAUGCAGGAAAAUGGAGAGUCAGAAUGAGUGAAGCUUAUCAACUGGCAUCCAGCACAGCCAGUAAGCAGGCAAUGAGAGGGAAAGCUCUUUAUGACCGAAAGAUACAUGGAGCAGAGCUGUAUCCAGGAUGCAGAGUACUGGUACGCAAUCUGAAUGAAAAAGGAGGACCAGGGAAGUUGAGAGCAUUCUGGGAAGAGCAGGUGUAUGUUGUCAAAGAGAGGAAACAUGACAGCCCAGUAUAUGAAAUCCAACCAGAAAGCGGGAAGGGGCGAGUUAGGGUUAUCCACAGAAACCUACUGCUGCCGUGUGAUUUCCUUUCAGCUGGAGACUUAGAAAUUCCCACUCAACCAAAGAAAAAAAAGAAAAAAGAAGAGACAACGAAACGCCUGGAGACAGUUCUGAGGAUGAGGGAGAUUGGGAAGCGAUCAUCAGCCCAUGUCAGCAGAAUCAUGACAUGGAGUCCAAUCAUCAUACUGAGAGUCCGCUUAGAGCAGAGGCACCAGAGUUCUGCCCAAAUGUUGGGGACAUGCAAAGAAACUGGACUGAGGAUGAUGUUGGGACAGGAUCACAACCAACGCUGGGAGGAGACGAACAUGCAUUACUGGAUGGCAAUGUCCAGUCAGGGACCGUGGAAAGCGAGGAGCUACCUUGCAUUUCAAGCUCAAAUGAUGAUGAAGAUGCUGACACAUCACUUUACAGGAGAAGAGAUUGCAGAUAUUGACGCUACAGGCGAAUCAAGUGGUGGAUAG